GAAUUGGCAUUCGUAUUUGCUACCUCAUAUGGAGCAACGUUCUGACGGGCGGUCGUGACGGCGAGCGGCCGCAUUGAACCGGUCAAUUUAGGCGUCACGUCGCCAGAGAUGAGAUCUGUAUAUAAACUCAGCUUCCUCGUCCGUCGGUCUUAUUCUUGUCUCAUCAUCAUCAGCACAUCGCCUAUCUCGAUAAUAUCUAAUCUUCAAAGAACUAUCUUACUAUCCUAAUAAGUAGUAAUUCUUUACUAAUUCUCCCUCCCCAAAACCGCCAAGAUGAAGUUCUCCGCUGCCGUCAUGGGUGCUGCCCUCCUCGCCUCCGGCGUCUCCGCCGGCAGGGCCAUCGUCAAGAACAACUGCCAGAAGACCGUCUACGUCCAGUCGUACCCCUACGACGGUAGCGCCCCUGGCCCCUUGACCACCGUCAAGACGGGAGAGUCUUUCUCCGAGGACUUCCGUGCCGCCGGUUCCACCGUCAAGAUCGCCACAAACAAGAACCUCGAUGGACCUCUCUUCUUCGGCUACUCCUUCUCGGGCAACCCCGACCGCGCCUACUACGAGUUCAGCACCGAAUGGGGCAACCCCUUCGCCGACUCCCACAACGUCCUCACCCCCGGCGAUGGCUGCGAGCAGUUCAACUGCGCCGCGAACCAGGCCACCUGCUACAGCACCACGGCGCACAAGAUCGUCUACGGCUGCCCCCAGCCCGUCGACCUGGAGGCCGACCUCUGCGUCUGAGAAGUUUGACGACGAGGCGACGAUGCCCUUCCUCUCAAACCAGAUAGCGGCAACUAGGCGGAAACGCUUGGCCCCUUAUCUGUUUGAGCUUCUCGCUCUCUCGAGUAAGCGGGUGAGAGAUGAUCCGAUGGAAUUAGAUAUCCCUAUAAGCGACUGCUGAAGCUUAUGCGUUGCGUCUUUGGAGUACAUAAGAAAGUGUGCAACGCGUGGUAGAAUAUUUUUUAAUAAUAAAAAAAAUAUCAAUA